AUGUUAGUAGGGCAGGAAAAGCCCCCGGGGGCUGAGAGCCGGAGUCCGGAGUCCAGCAGCCUUGGAGGAAGGGCGAGUCCGGUGGAGCGGGCCCGAGGCCAGCUUCGCAGCGCCCCCUCCUGGAAGCGGGCGGGCGGUGCCGGCCCCGUCUUGCGUGGAAUCCCGCCGGGGCGCGACUGCCCCCUGCUGGCCCACACGCUGCCUAGCCGUGCCCGACGGCGGGCCGGGGCGAGCGCCCGGUACCCCAACAGCGGGCCGGGCUCCAUCCCCCAGUACCCCAACAGCGGGCCCGGGCUCCAUGCCCCAGUAUCCCAACAUACCCCAACAGCGGGCCCGGGCUCCAUCCCCCAGUACCCCAACAGCGGGCCGGGCUCCAUCCCCCAGUACCCCAACAGCGGGCUGGGCUCCAUCCCCCAGUACCCCAACAGCGGGCUGGGCUCCAUCCCCCGAUACCCCAACAGCGGGCGGGACUCCAUCCCCCAGUACCCCAACAGCGGGCCGGGCUCCAUCCCCCGAUACCCCAACAGCGGGCCCGGGCUCCAUCCCCCAUACCCCAACAGCGGGCUGGGCUCCAUCCCCCAGUACCCCAACAGCGGGCUGGGCUCCAUCCCCCAGUACCCCAACAGCGGGCCGGGCUCCAUCCCCCGAUACCCCAACAGCGGGCCCGGGCUCCAUCCCCCAUACCCCAACAGCGGGCCGGGCUCCAUCCCCCAGUACCCCAACAGCGGGCCGGGCUCCAUCCCCCAGUACCCCAACAGCGGGCCCGGGCUCCAUCCCCCAUACCCCAACAGCGGGCUGGGCUCCAUCCCCCAGUACCCCAACAGCGGGCGGGGCUCCAUCCCCCAGUACCCCAACAGCGGGCCGGGCUCCAUCCCCCAGUACCCCAACAGCGGGCCGGGCUCCAUCCCCCAGUACCCCAACAGCGGGCCGGGCUCCAUCCCCCAGUACCCCAACAGCGGGCCGGGCUCCAUCCCGCGAUACCCCAACAGCGGGCCGGGCUCCAUCCCCCGAUACCCCAACAGCGGGCCGGGCUCCAUCCCCCAGGACCCCAACAGCGGGCCGGGCUCCAUCCCCCAUACCCCAACAGCGGGCCCGGGCUCCAUCCCCCAGUACCCCAACAGCGGGCUGGGCUCCAUCCCCCAGUACCCCAACAGCGGGCGGGGCUCCAUCCCCCAGUACCCCAACAGCGGGCCGGGCUCCAUCCCCCAGUACCCCAACAGCGGGCUGGGCUCUAUCCCGCGAUACCCCAACAGCGGGCCGGGCUCCAUCCCCCGAUACCCCAACAGCGGGCCGGGCUCCAUCCCCCAGGACCCCAACAGCGGGCCGGGCUCCAUCCCCCAGUACCCCAACAGCGGGCCGGGCUCCAUCCCCCGAUACCCCAACAGCGGGCCGGGCUCCAUCCCGCGAUACCCCAACAGCGGGCCGGGCUCCAUCCCCCAGUACCCCAACAGCGGGCCGGGCUCCAUCCCCCAGUACCCCAACAGCGGGCCGGGCUCCAUCCCCCAGUACCCCAACAGCGGGCCCGGGCUCCAUCCCCCAUACCCCAACAGCGGGCCGGGCUCCAUCCCCCAGUACCCCAACAGCGGGCCGGGCUCCAUCCCCCAGUACCCCAACAGCGGGCGGGGCUCCAUCCCCCAGUACCCCAACAGCGGGCCGGGCUCCAUCCCCCACGGGCCGGGCUCCAUCCCGCGAUACCCCAACAGCGGGCCGGGCUCCAUCCCCCAGUACCCCAACAGCGGGCCGGGCUCCAUCCCCCAGUACCCCAACAGUGGCCCGGGCUCCAUCCCCCAGUACCCCAACAGCGGGCGGGGCUCCAUCCCCCAGUACCCCAACAGCGGGCCCGGGCCAGGCUGGAGCCGAGAGCUGGGGGCCCAAAUAUGA